UUGACCAACUCCACGCGGGAGAGAAGCGAAAUGUGCUGCUUGCUGAACUGCUUGCUGAAUUUUCCUCAAGCAAAUUAAAUUGUUAAUCAAGCAAAUUGUUAGUCACGUUGAUAAUCUUCCAUCCUGCUUAGGGUUUCUUGCUGCAUGAUGCUGUUCGGAUAAGACGAAGAUAAGCUACUUUUUGUUACUGGAUUGAAUAAAGAAUGGAUAACGCUGAAUUGAGAAACCUGAAGGAGUUCCUCCUCCUGUACAACAAGAUUAGCGAAGACUGUUUCAAAAAGUGUGUUUACGACAUGACGACCCGUUCCCUCCCGCCCGGCGAGUCAGACUGCAUCGCCACUUGUGUCGUCAAACAUAUCAACGUGAACCACAAGACGAUGGCGCUUUUUGCCGACAUUAACCCCCCAUUCCAACAAAGAAAGGCGACCGAAAGAGAGGAAGAGUUUCGGAAAAUGCAGGAAGAGGCGAAAAAAGCUGAGGAACUUGCAGCCCUCCCGAAACCGUGGUAUAUUUCCAUGUGGGGAAAUUUGACAGGAAGUUCGACACCCGUCGUGGCGACAACGACAACCAAGCAGCAACAAAUGCCAAUUAUUCGACAAUAAAAAGUGAAGAGUGUAGUGUAGUUUUUAAAAUUAAAUUAAAUUUGUGUGUCAGCAAAUUUUGAACAAUUUCGUACUGCGUAGUGUAGUUUUUAGAUGGUACAACUUAUCUAAAAGAACAA